AUGCCCAACACCACCCUAAUAGUCCACCACACCUUCUCCGCCCUCGCCAUCCUCAUCAACCUCACCCGCCUCCUCACCCGACACUUCGUCUUCCACUCCCUCGAACUCCCCGACCUCUGGGUUCUUCUCGCAAUCCUCUGCGCCGCAACCCGGGACGCUCUCAUCCACGUCGUGCUAACAUGGGGAACCAACAACAUCUCCCCUUCCGCACGCUCACACAUCGACUUCACGUCCGGAGAAGUCUACCGCCGCACGAUCGGGAGUAAAUUCGCCAUUGCCAAUCGUCCGGUGUACAACUCCUACCUCUGGCUGCUGAAAUUGGUACUUCUGGACUUCUUCUGCCGCCACUUCCACCCGACCAAACGCGCGAAGAAACUCAUCUGGUGGACCUACGGCACCACUUUCUUCGCCACCUGGCUCGCCGCCUUAGUCGUCGGAUUCACAGAAUGCGAUCCCUUCCCCCUCUACUGGCAAGUCCUCCCCGCUCCCGGAAAAUGCGUAGAAGCGCAAACCCAACUCAUCGUGCUCGGGGUACUGAACAUCUUCACCGACAUAAUGCUUCUCCUCCUCCCGCUCCCCACCCUGCUAUCCCUCCAAACGCCCUGGAAGAGAAAACUCCGCCUCCUCAUGAUCUGCACGUUGGGCAUCUUCAUCGUGGCCAUCACGGUGAUACGCUUGCCUAUCAACGCGUUGAAUGCGACGGUGCAGUCGAAUCGAACGGUGUGGGCGAGUACGGAGUUGUUGACGGCGGGGAUUGUGGCGAAUGCGCCGACGCUGUAUGGGGCUGUGAGGAAGUGGAGAUUGAGGGAUGGGGUGGAGGGUGUGGUGGGAGGGAGAGGGGUGGGGUUGGUUACGUUUGGGAGUGCGGGGGAGGAGGGGAUGGUGAGGGAGGAGGCGGAGAGGAGAAAAGGGAGGACGGGGGAUGAGGAUUUAAUGUUGAGGACGGAGGAUCGGUUGUGGAGGGAUGGGGAGGGGGAGGGAGGGGAUGGGAAGAGUCCGGGUGAGAGUCGGGGGAGUGAAUGA